AUGGAAUACUUGAAGAAGCAAUCUGAGGCUCAAAAGUCAACUCUGGAAAAUAUAGAAAUGGAGAACGUAAGGUUAACUCAGAGACUCCAAGAAAACCUUGAAGAAAUGAGAUGUGUUACAAAAGAAAGAGAUGACCUUAGGAGUGUGGAGGAGACCCUCAAAGUAGAGAGAGACCAGCUCAAGGAAAACCUCAGAGAGACCAUAACCAGAGACCUGGAAAAACAAGAAGAACUCAAAAUUGCUCACAUGCAUCUGAAAGAACACCAAGAAACUAUUGAUAAACUCAGAGAAGUUGUUUCAGAGAAGACAGAUGAAAUAUUAAAUAUGCAAAUACAUUUAGAAAACACAAAUACUGCCUUAAAAGCACAGAUCCAAGAACUUCAGGAGAAAGAACAUCAACUUCUUAAGGCAAAAAAUGAUCUCAAGGAAAAUAUGCAUCAAACAGAGCAAUUGAAGAAGCCAUUAGAGGCCCAGAAUUCAACUCUGGAAACUAUAGAAACAGAGAAGUUCAAAUUGACUCAGAAACAUCUUGAGAACCUUGAGGAAAUAAAACUUGUUGCUAAGGAAAGAGAUGGCCUCAGAAGAGUGGAGGAAACCCUCAGAACGGAGCGAGAGCAGCUCAGGGAAAGCCUGCGAGAGACGGAAGCUACAAAUCUGGAAAAACAAGAGGAACUAAGAAUUGCUCACAUGCAUCUGAAGGAGCACCAGGAAAUUAUUGAUAAACUCAGAGGGAUUGUUUCUGAGAAGACAGAUGAAAUAUCAAAUAUGCAGAUGGAUUUAGAAAAUUCAAACACUAAAUUACAAGAAAAGAUCCAAGAACUUAAGGCAAAUGAACAUCAGCUUUUUAAGUUAAAAGAAGAUGUCAGUGAGACACAGAAAAAAAUGUCUGAGAUAGAGCGAUUGAAGAAACAAUUCAAGGCCCAAAGUUUAACUCUCGAUAAAAUAGAAAUGGAAAACUUAAACUUGGCUCAGAAACUUCAUGAAAAUCUUAAAGAAAUGAAAUCUGUAAUGAAAGAAAGAGAUAAUCUAAGAAAAGUGGAAGAGGCACUCAAACUGGAGAGAGACCAACUGAAGGCAAACCUACAAGAAACCAUAGUUAGAGAUCUGGAAACACAACAAGAACUGAAAAUUGCUCGUAUGCAUUUGAAAGAACACCAGGAAACUAUUGAUAAAUUCAGAGAGAGAGUUUCAGAAAAGACAACCCAGAUUUCAAAUAUUCAAAAGGAUUUAAAUAAGGCAAAAGAUGAAUUACAGGAAAAG